AUGACAUUAUCUAACAAUUUAUGUCAUUCCUAUUCCAAUUUCAGCAUAAAAACUUAACAAUUACAAAAAAGAGAAUUAAAAAAUUUCUCUCAUUGCUCCUAACCCUCUGAGUCAAUCAAUUUAUCAUUUCUUCAAAUGUAUUACUAUUUAAAUUUCUAUUUUAUAUACUUUCCUCUGGUAUUUGUCAAUUACCUAUUGGUAAUUUCAAACUAAUAUUCCAUUUACAAAUUAUAAAUUUUAUUUAUACUAAUUUUUCAUAAUUAUUGA